AUGGUGAACCUCAAAUCGGGUAUUAUCCUCACCGCGAUCGCAUCCGUUGCUUUUGCGCAGAGUAUCGACAUUGGAUCACCGGCAAACGGCAGUUUUGUUUCUCGUGGAAGCAGUCUGACCGUUGAGGUUGAUCGACCUGAGUCUCUCACCGGCUCUUCGGAGGUCGGCAUAAUCAUAGGGUUGCGACCCUGUAACCCGGACUGCUCCCCUACUGACAUUGACGACGAUCUGGGCCUCGUCCUAUACGGAGGGCCAUAUAACCCGCAGUUCUCUAACGUCACGGAUCAUAAACCUCCGCACCAGAACUUCACGUUCACGGUCCCUGCGUCGUUUGACGGCACUGCCGUGCUCUCGGUUUUCCAUGUCGCUGUUGUGGCUGCCGCCAACGCGCUGGUGGAACUCAAGAAUGUGACGCUAAACAUUCAGUGA